AUGACUACUAGUACUGUGAUCAUCGGUUGGGGAACCCGCCUGCUGGGAACCCUCUCAUCCCAGGGUACGUUUAUUACGUUGACACGAGUCGUGGAACUUUGCGUACUUGCUGCGAGCUGCUAUUUUAUUCGCAACAUUUAUUUCCACCCGCUCAGCCAACACCCUGGACCCAAGGCUUGGGCCGCGAGUCGACUGCCAUGGUGCCUACACCAAUACCGGGGCAAUCUGAGCCAGCGGCUGCACCAGCUACACCAGUGUUAUGGCCCGGUGGUGCGAGUGGCGCCGGAUGAGAUCUCGUACAUCUCGGCCGACGCUUGGAAGACGAUCUACGGCCAGAGAUCGGUGGAAAUGCCCAAGGACCCCAAUUUCUCGCUGCUCACUCCUUCCGGCGUGCAGAACAUCCUGACGGCCGACCGUGAGACCCAUACUCGCCAGCGGCGUCUGCUGUCGCAUGCCUUCUCGGAAAGGGCGUUGCGGGAGCAAGAGGAGAUCCUGCAGACCUACUGCACCAAGCUAUGCUCCCAGCUCGAAGAGCGCUGUUGCAGCGGGCCCGUUGAUUUGUUCGACUGGUAUACCUUCGCCACCUUUGAUCUGAUUGGCGAUCUCGCGUUCGGCAAGAGCUUCGGCUGUCUAGACUCGGGCGUGUCGUCCCCCUUUGUGGAAUCCAUCCAGUCGGGCUCGCGGGAGUUGAUGGUGAACCAGAUGCUGCGCUACUAUGGAAUCCUCUUUGUCCGGCCGCUGCUUCCCCUGGGCGGAGGAGUCACGGUGCGCGCACGCAUCGCCCGCGGUCCGACGGCCGACCGCAAGGACUUCUGGCACUAUGUCCUGCGCCACAUGGCCGACGGUGAGGAGAAAAGCAAGACGACCAUGACCGAGGCCGAGAUGUAUACCAACGCCUUCUCCAUCAGCAUUGCCGGGUCCGAGGGCACGGCCACGGCGCUGGCAGGCGCCACUUUCCUGCUCCUGCGGCAUUCCGAGGCCCACCGUGAGGCGGUGCGAGAGGUGCGCGGCGUCUUCACGGCCGAGACGGACAUCACGUCGGCCAACAUAGUGGGCAGGCUGCCGUUCCUGGAGGCUGUGCUGCACGAGUCGAUGCGGCUGUAUCCGCCCGUCGCCAUCACGCUCCCGCGCAGGGUCCCGGAAGGGGGCGAGACCGUGGAUGGCCGGUUUGUGCCGGCCGGGUACACGGUCGGUGUCAACCACCUCGCUUGCUACCGCUCUGCGCUCAACUUUGAGGAUCCGGACGUUUUUCGGCCGGAGCGCUGGUUGGAUGGAAGUGGUACUACUACGGAAGCCUUCAAGCCGUUUUCCUAUGGGCCACGCGCUUGUCUGGGCAAGAGUCUGGCAUGGGUCGAGCUGAGGCUGAUCUUGGCACGCAUGCUCUGGCGCUUUGACAUGCAGCUGGUCGAGACGGAGGCCAAUCUGAGGUGGUUGGACGGACAGAAGCUCUGGGGGUUCUGGCAAAAGCCCCCUCUGUUAUGUAGGUUGGUGCCGGUGCGGCGAUAGGCGUGCCUUGGGCCGCUGAAAGGUGUAGAUGGC